UGAUAAUCACGUGACUGUCUGUGUAAUUUGCAUAUUGUUGGGUGAGAGUUCGCAUCUGACGAAAGAACGAUGUUUGGGGAUUGAUUUGCAGAAAAGUGUCAGAAGGCCAUGAGUAAUGAAUAGUUUCAAUUUUGGACCAGAAUGGUCAGGGAAAGAAAGUCAGUCCGAACAAACCAAUUCAUCAAAUCUCCCAUUAUCACAGAAAUCAGACGCUGUCAAAUCAAAACUGCGUCAAUUGGCCGAAUUCAGAAGCCGUAGUAAAGAAUUCGGUAGCAAUGACUCUCUUCAUUUGACUCCAUUAAAUCGCUCAUUAUCAGAUCCAUGGCUUGUGAAAGGGGACUUUAAGGAAAUGGAUAGUGGAUUAGAUCUCUCAAAAGGCGUCAGUGGAAGUACCAGCAAUUUGACUAAGGAAAAGAGUAAACACAGGACAUUACCUGCAAUGUCAAAUGGACUAUCCUCUGCUGGAUUACCUAUGAUGUCUAAUGGACUAUCCUAUGCUGGUUUACCUGCCAUGUCUAAUGGUCUAGCCUAUGCUGGUUUACCUAUGAUGUCUAAUGGACUAGCCUCAGUUGGGUUGCCUGUGAUGCCAAAUGGAUUACCAUCAGUUGGUUUGCCCGUUAUGCCUAAUGGAUUAUCGGCAGCUGGAUCUGAAUCUCACAUCAAUACAUUAUGGCAGCAACAGUUAGAAUUAAUGCACAAAUCAGUCAAUGCUUACCAGAAAAUUGGAGGUUAUGGCGGCAAUAGUGCUUUAUUCCAGAAUCCAUAUCUUCCGUAUUCAGGGUAUGGUUUGUAUGACCACCCAGAUACUGGUAAAGAAAGUAACAAAAAACAAGUUAAGAAUACUCCCGCGAAAGAUUCGUUAAAAUCGCCCCAACAUUCAUCAAGCCAAAAUUCAGCCAAAAACACCCAACAAAGUCUGAACAAUUCACAAGAUACAGUAGAAAAUUCACAAAAUCAGCUUCCAAAAUAUGAGAUGCAACAGCCUCAUCAUGAAACCACUGUCCAUUGGAAACCAUCUAUAAAUAACAUUAACACUGCUCAAAAUCACUAUAAUCAUCCUUUGCAUAGAAACCAGGAACUCAUGUUUUCUCCUAAUCAAGACUCUGGGAAAGGGCAGCAACAAAGAAAAUGGGAACCCAUGCUAUCUCCCAAUCAAGACUCUGUUAAAGGGCAGCAACUUAAAAAACAGGAACACAUUUUAUCACCAAAUCAAAACUUCCGUAAUGGGCAGCAACUUAAAAAACAGGAACCUAUGUUAUCUCCUUAUCAAGACUUUGGUAAUGGGCAGCGCAUUAAAAAACAGGAACCCAUGUUACCUCCUAAUCAAGACCCUGGUAAAGGGCAGCAACAAAGACAUCAGGAACCCAUGUUAUCACCUAAUCAAGAUUUCAGUAAAGGGCAGCAACAAAGACACCAGGAACCUCCUCAUCAAGACUUACACAAAGGGCAACAACAAAAAUAUCAGGAACCCAUAUUAUCUCCUUAUCAAGACUUCCAAAAAGGGCAACAACAAAGAUAUCAGGAACCCUUGCUAUCACCUGAUCAAGAUUUCAGUAAAAGGCAGCAACAAAGACACCAGGAACCCAUGUUAUCUCCUUAUCAAGACCUACACAAAGGGCAACAACAAAAAUAUCAGGAACCCUUGUUAUCACCUAAUCAAAACAUUAGUAAUGGGCAGCAACUUCCACUGGAUUUUAGUCAGUCAAACCUAAAUCAGUCUCCAGUGGAUUUUAGUAAACAUAAACAAAAGCCUUCUGUUUAUUAUCAAAUGGAUUACAACACCGAUCAAUAUCAUCCAUCACAUGUAAAAAGAACAGGUAAUUUUGGAGGUGUCAAGCUAAAUGGUAAUGAAGACGUAUCUUCUAACGUGAAUUAUCAAACACAUUUAGAAAUAAAUACGACUACCCAUGAAACUUUUCACAACAGUGAUAAACUAUCAACAAACCCACAAUCUCUCUUUCUCAUGGAUUCCCCGCCAUUUCCAAACAAGGAAGUAAAGAAAAAACAAAAACUGAAUUUACAAUCAGAAUUAAAAUCACCCUCUCAGGAAAAUAGAACUCCUCAAAAACAGGGAGAAAUGCCAAAUGGCCAUUAUCCUUACUUGCCGAAUCCCUUACUUCCAAAUUACUAUAGUGAUCCGCACAUGAUGAAGGCUUUGAUGGCUCACCAAAAAAUGUACACAGAGAAUGCAAUAGGGGGACAACCUGGUCAAAAAUUAAAAAGAAAAUCCUCAUCAAAAGAUGUGAAUAGCAAGAAAGUGAAGAGAACCAAAAAAUCUGGUGAAAAAUUGAGUAAAAAAGAAGAGCAAAUUAUAAAUAUGGAUAAAAAUGUUUGUGAUGGACAAACUAAGAGUAAGAGCAAGAUUUUAUCAAUGGAUAUUAAAAAAUCAUUGCAAGCUAACUCUAUGGCACUUAACAAUAUUCAAAGCCGUGUUCAAGAAAUUUUAAAUUCUGCGGCAAAAGAAAUGAAGCAAGGUAAAAAGUCAGGAAUUGAUCCAUCAACUACAGAUGUCUCAAUGGAUGCAGAUUUUUUAAAUGCUCAUGAACAGUUAUUAAAUCCAGGAAAUGAUAACUCUAAUUCAGGAAAAGAUAACUCUAAUUCUACUGUCGAUAAUGAUAAUAUCAAUUUUGCUGAAAAUCCUUGUUGCAAUAAUUGUGAGAAACUUGGACAGCGUUAUUCUCCGCUUUGUGAAGAAAAAUCCAAAAGAAAUUCUGUAAGUGAUUUACCAGAAUUGAUAAGUGAUAAUAAACAUAUUUCUUUGGAUUUAAGUGCAAAAGCUCCUGUGGUCAGUAAAGUUACAGAUAAUUCAAUGUCCGACAAAUAUUCUGACAGUGGAUCUAAAAAUGCCAGUAGCUUGUAUGAAUUUGAUGAUGAUUAUUCAGACAUGAAAACUGACGCGAUUUCAUCUAGUGCAAAUAUUGAAAAGAAUGCUAUUCCCAAUACUUACACGAUUUCUUCCAGUGCAAAUAUUGAUAAGAAUACAAUUCCCAGUAUUUAUACUUUUCAACCCACGUCUCAAAGUUCAGCAGUACUUCCAACAUUUAGUUCUUUGUUCAAAAGUUCAAGUUUUCCAAAUUUUCAAAAUAAAGAAAAAGAAACAAAUUUUACAACACAAGUGACAUGCAAGUCAGAUAGUAAUAAUGCAUUGUCAGGAAAUUCUAGUUCUGUGGUGAAAGAUUUCCGAAUAAUUCCAGACAAAAUUAGUCCAGAAAAUAAGAGCAAUGGACUUGAAAACAUGCCAGUUUCAAUUGAAGGAAAAAAUAAUGUUAGUAAUAAUUUUAUGAAUAAUUUAACAAUGGGAAACUUUCUUCCUUAUUCUACUAAUUCAAAUUUGGGGAUCAAUCAUAAAAGCUCCGUGGUAUCUACUUCUAGUGUAUAUUCAUUUUCAUCAACCAAUACAAGUGCUAAUUAUUUGGAUUAUCCAAUUACACCAGUUAUUAACAGUGAUUCUAAUUUAAAAGUCUCUGAAAAAACAACGGAUGAAAUUUUCAAAGUGCCCGAUAGUGCAAAAAGCUCAGUUAGUGCUAUUUCUAGACUGGAAAAGAAUCUGUCGAGUUCCUUUCCAGAUAGGAGUUUUGAGAAUGAUGAAAUGGAUGAAAAAUUGGAAGAUUUAUCUUUAUUAUUAGAUUUUGAAAAUUCAGAUGAUGAAAAAGAAAAUCUGUUUAAAAAUUCAAUUCCAAAAUCUGUUGGAGGUGAAGGUGAUCAUUUACUUGAUAUAAAACCAGGUGAAAGUAUUCCAGAAUCAGGUUUGGACCAGUUGGCCUGGGUAGCUGAUCAAGUUCAGAAGAUAAAAACAAAGAUCACUGGGGCUGCUGAUGAGGAAGAUGAUGAUGACAUAACAACACGUCUACAAAACAACACAAAGAUUGAAAUGCCUCAAUGUGGAUGUAGAGGUCCUGGAUAUACCCCAACAGAAGAAGCAGAGGGGCCUUACUAUACACAUCUAGGGGCUGCAAGAAGUGUACAAGCCAUUAGAGAACUGCUGGAAAAAAGGACUGGAAUGACGGGUAAAGCUAUCCGGAUUGAAAAGAUACGAUAUACUGGUAAAGAAGGGAAGAGUUCACAAGGAUGUCCUAUUGCUAAAUGGAUAAUCAGAAGAUCAAACGAGGAUGAGAAAUAUCUGUGUGUUAUAAAACAGAGACCAGGCCACUUCUGUGAUACCGCAUGGAUUAUAGUUGUGUUAGUGGCGUGGGAGGGGAUAGAAAACAACACAGCGGCUGAUAUGUACGAUUAUCUCAGAAAUACACUUGCUGCACAUGGAUUUGAAACUGAAAGAAGAUGUGGAACAAAUGAAAGGAAAACUUGUGCAUGUCAGGGAAUCAAUUUAGGAAAGAGAGGAGCCUCGUUUUCAUUUGGAUGUUCAUGGAGUAUGUACUUCAAUGGUUGUAAAUUUGCUAGAAGUCAAACUGCACGAAAGUUCAAGUUAAAAGAGGUUACUAAGGAAGAAGAAUUGGAGUCUAGUCUCCAAAAACUUGCCACUGAUGUAGCUCCCCUGUAUAAACAAAUAGCUCCAGAUGCUUAUCAAAAUCAGGUUGCAUUUGAAGACAAAGCAAUGGACUGUAGACUUGGGUUCCAGGAAGGAAGGCCAUUUUCUGGUGUCACAUCCUGUAUUGAUUUCUGUGCACAUGCUCAUAAGGAUCUUCAUAACAUGAACAAUGGCAGCACAGUGGUAGUGACUUUAACAAAACAUAGAGGACUUGAAAAAGCAGAGGAUGAACAACUCCAUGUUUUACCAUUAUAUGUUAUGGAUAUGUCUGACGAACAUGGAAGUGCUGAUGCACAGUAUGAAAAAGUCAAAACCGGUGCUCUAGAAAUUCUAAAUUAUUAUCAAAUGGAGGCUAGGAUAAGAAACACUCCACUAACACCUUCACGGAAGAAGAAAAAAGAAGGAAAGAAAGGCAGUCCCGGCCGUAAAAAGGGCAGUGUAAAUAAGAACAAUUUUUCCCCUGCCACACCAAAAAGAAAAGUGGUAGAAUCUACUCAGGAUUCAAAUAUCUCAUCAGAUUUGUAUUAUAAUGGUGAAAAACAUGGGUCAAAUUCAGGAACACCGCAAAAGACUACACCACAAAAGAUUACCCCACAAAAGACCACACCACCAAAGACCAAAAAAACUAGCAAAAGCUUAAGCUCAAAAACCAGUUAUGAGGAAUUAAUGAACAAUGCUUCACAACCAGGGUUUGCUGAUAUCUACGAUUCAUUUUGGAAUUAUUUUUAUUCAUAUGGAUCCUUUCCACCUGCUGAUUUUAUGGCUUCCAUGAACAUGAAGGCGCAGAGCCUUAUCAAAAAAUCUAAAGAUUUAAAUCAAACUUCUGAAAAUAGGCAGCCAUCUUUAAACAUGAACGGAAUUUCUCCUCAGAUUCAAUCAUCAUAUUUGAAUUCACAUAAUCAGGAAAACCCAUCUUUAGAUAUGAAUGGAAUAUCUCCUCAGAUUCAAUCACCAUAUUUGAAUUCACACAAUCAGGAAAACCAUCAUGAUAUAACAAAUAUUCAGACAUCUUCCAUUUCAAAAUCUCCAGAAAAGGCAGCAGACGACACUUUUCAUAAUCCAUCUCAUCAAUUUCAACUCCCACAAUGCAAUUCAUUUGAAAAUAAAAAAUAUCAGGAUGAACAAAGUGUUAAAAAUCAAAUAAAUGCUCAUGGAAUAUCAGGUCAAAUUGCAAAUGGAGAUACUGAGAAAAUGUGUACCAAUUUUACUGGUAUUGUGAAUGAAAUUCAAAAUGCAUCAGGAUUUAAAAACGGUGCUAGUGAACAAAAUACCUCAGAUGUUGAUGGGCAGCAUAGUACUCUGCCUGUAGAUCUUUCAAAUAAACAACAGCCAUUUAUCAAUCCUUACUCUGGGAAAGACAAUUCAUUCCAAAAUUCUGACUCAAGUACUAGUAGUAGAAAUUACGAGUUGAAACAAAAUGCAGUCUUUGAGUCACCUCUUCAUCUUUUAUCCGAGGCUGUUAGUAUGAGAACAAACGAAUUUAGUAACGAUUUUUCAUCACAAGAUCUACCUCAGAAUACUCAACCAUUUCAUCUUGGAGAUUCAUCAUUGAAUAAAAAUGUUCAAAAUGGCCAAAGAACAGGUCAGAACGACUACACGAAAAAUUGCAUAUCAGAAUCUGUCCAGAAUCCAUUUAAUCCAAUGCAGACGAAUUCUGCAAAUGUUGAUGCUGAUAUAGACCAAAAUAUUUUAAAAUGUGAAAUUGAAUAUAAUGAAAAUGCAUUUAGGGAUCAAAAUGUUGGGGGCGUCGCAAUAGCAUUAGGUCAUGGUUCUGUUCUCUUUGAGGUUGCUAAACAUGAACUGCAUGCAACUACAGGACUUAAACAACCGAAUCGUCAAUCUCCAACUAGAAUCAGCUUGGUUUUUUACCAGCAUAAAAAUAUGAACUAUAAACAUCACGGUAUGUUCAUGUAUCAAAAAAAAUGUGAAAGAGUGAGACAAAAAAGACUUCAAGAUUUAAUGAAUGGAACCGGUGAAAAAAUACCAGACUCUGUACUAGAAAAGGUUAUGAAAGGUCCGGGAAAGAAGAAAAAAUCUAAAAAGGAUGAGGAGGAGGAGGAGAAGUUUGAUAUUAUGAAAACAAGUGCAGCUCAAUACAAGUAUAUGUGGGACACAACAACAGCUAGAUCAGAAACCAUGACGACUGAAUCUGUGGUUACUCAUUGGGUAAAACCUCAACCAAUGGUUACUGGUCCGUAUCAACGUUGGAUAUAAAAUAUGAUCUCAUUCUAUUAAAGAUUCAGGGCUAUUUUCAUCCAUAAUUUUUUGUUGUAUAAAUGACAAUCGCAGCUGAUGUAUAAUUGCUUGCAUUCACUAUAUAAUAUUAUUGAUAAUUUAUUAACAAGGACCUUUGUCUUCAAGAAAGAAUGGGGGGAAGAGAGGAUUUACAAUAUUUAGUUUUAAUUUUGGUAUAUUCCUGAUUAUUUUCAAACAUACUUUUUUUCAUAUUUAAAGAAAAAGUUUGAUAUGAAAUAAGAUACCACAUCAUGAAAGGAAGCUGUGGCCAUUCAUGGUUAUUUAAACAUAAGAUGGCCUUAGUAGAAAGGUUUUGUAUCAAAAUUGUAAUCUUGUAAUUUUAUAGGAAAUGGUAUGUUUAUUCACUAAGUUAAGUUGAUUUAUUUAGUAAAUAUAAAUCUUAUUGGGAUUUUUUCAUAGUUAUCUUUUGUUAGAUUAUAGGGCUUUUUUGUUUUGUUAUAGUUUUUGUUAUUUUUAUAUACUUUGUUUAAGAAACAGAAUUGUUAAGGAAAAUUGAUGUUUAAAAUGAAAUGUGCUACAAGGAUUGAUUUUUUAAUUAAACAGAAAAUUAUUAGAUUGAACAAACAUUGCAUGAUAUUUGUUUUAGGUCUAUCCCUUUUAAGUUGAUUUUUUUUUUAAAUAUUUUAUCAUUUUUAUAAUUGAAACACAUUCAGUCAUAUUGUCUCAUAGUUAUACCAAUAUUUUUUUAAUUUGUCAUGGUAUUUUGAAUUUUAUCAAUUUCAUACAUUUUUUUAACCUGGAUGAUAUUUCCUUUUUUUAAAUUCAUAAAAUAGCAAUUAGUACACCUUGAAGAUUAACCUCAUGUGGUUGGUUUUAAAAAUUCAUCAUUCAUUUUAAAAGAAUUUUAUUUCAGUAAAUUUACAAACUUUUCAAUUUUAUAUUCACAUAUUUUUAACCAUUUUUAUUAUGUAGCAUUUAGCUCAGGGAUUCUCAUGUAAUUUGAUUAUAUUUUUUUCUUCUCUUUCUAUUAAUGCUGAUAAUCUGUGAUUUUGUGCUUUAAUUCUUAUUAAUUGUAAAAAGAAUCAAAUUUGUAAAUGAAAUUUGCUGUACAUAAAUUCUAUUGUAAAUUAUAAAUUAUUUAUGAGUGCAUUAAGUAUUUUUGUAGACAUAAAAUCAUUUUUUAUACUGUUACACUGACCUAUGGUAACAUUGUCAAAUCUUCUGGAUAAUGUGACAAAAUUAUCUCCCUUUACAGAGCUACUUUUAGAAAUUUAAAUUACUGACAACUUGAUUAAGUUACUCAGAAAUAUAAAAAAAUGCAGCUUUUCACGAAAUUUCAAUAAAUAAUUUCACAUUUUUAUUCAUUGAACAACACCCACAAUAUUAAAUCCAUGCAAUAUUUUAAAAACUACAGUCCUCUUAACAAAUCCACACAAAAAUCAUCAUCAAAUAACAGUAUUCACAUUUUUUGAUAAGGAAUUGAACAUGUACAAUGAUAUACUGUAGAUUCUUUUUUUGAGGAUAUCAAUUUUUCGUGGAUUAAUGAUAUUUUAAAUUAUGAAUGAAUAUUUGAAUUCUACUUUUGGCCAAAUUUUGCAUAUAAGCCAAUAGAAAAUGUGUAUGCUUUAUUGAAGAUUUAAUUUGUGGUUUCCUAUAUCCACAAAAUGCAUGAAAAUUGGUAUCCCAUGAAUAAUGAGGAAUUCACAGUACAUGUGGGUAGUUAGUGGAACAGAUAUUUAAAAAUGAUUUUAUUCUAGAUUGUUUGUUGUUAGUUAAGAUGUUGUUGUCUAUCAUAUGUUUUAAUUCUUUCUUCUAAAUAUAUUUUGUAUUAUAUAUAAAUUAUGAUUUUUUUUUUUUAAUUCUUGGAAUAUUAUAUUGAAGAAAUAUUUUUAUUUGAAAAUAUAGUGCUGAUUAAAAUCAUGGAAAUUAUUUAUGUAUUAAUUUGUAUGUAUAUUUUUGGAGAAAUACUAAACAGAAUAAUAUUACACAUAAAAAGUAUGAGAGACCAUUAUUAAGUAAAAUUUAUAUCUACAGUUUAUGGGUUAUGAAAGUGCUAAAUUUGGGAUUGGAUAUGAGUUUUUUUUUAUAUUUAAUAUUUGUCAUAAAUUCCUGAGUAUAUUGUUGACAAUAUAAUAAAAGCUAAACGUUUAAGUUCAGAUUUAUAAGAAUAAAAGUGUCUAAAUGGAUAAAAAAAAAAGUGGAAAUUAAGACAUUAUAGUUCAUUCUCAAAAUAUAAUAGUGCACUUUGUAUGUUAAUGUAUAUUUGUUCCUCUUCAAAAAAAACUUGCGAAAAGAACUCUUGUUUCAUCUAAAAAUAAAUUCUAAAGAAGGUUAUAAUGCAAACGAAUGUCUAGUCAGUUAAUGCUUCUAGAAACAAUGCAAUUUCCUCUCUCAAUUCGGGUUAUUUUUAUUCUUAUUUGCAGUAUUUGUAUAGAAUUAAUGAGCAUGGAAUCUUAAAUAAGAAAAUCUGAAAUUCCAUAUAGAUUGUUCUAGUUCAUUUGGGGUAGCUUAGUUACAUGAUUUUUUUCUAAUUCUGAGCUUAUAGAUAUUUCAACGCCCCAUUUUUAAUCAGU